AUGCGAUCUGUCGUCCACUACAGUCCCGUAAAUGGAGAACAAAGAAGUUCAUCAGCUGGCGGAAUUAUGAGCGCACUCUCAGUUUUAGUGGAGGGAAAGAAACGUGCUUUAUUCACGAUUUCCUUCGUAUGGGUAUUCUCAUUCGUCUGCAAUAUCGGCUCGUUGUUCAUCUUUGAUUCCGUACCAUACCGUAAUCAAUGGACUUGUGACACCACAAAAGGACCGCUUACCGACUUCUUCUACCAGCUUUACGUGACACUGGUCGUUUUACUGUUCAUUCCCCUAUGUGCGAUGGUCAGCCUUUAUGGACAUGUAAUUUAUACUCUCUCAACGGUCAUUGUGACCGACGAUAAUCCCGUCGUUCAGCAGUCAAUCAUGCAAGAAGGCCUCAAGGCUGUUAACCUCAUUUGA